CAUGACGAUCCCGGAAGCGGAAACGGGGUGCCAUCUUGUUCCUGUUUCACAGUGUUUCUGGAGGAAAGGGUCAGAAUUUGAGAGACGAGAAAUCUCGGGAUACAUCAGAAUUAAACUCGGUGGAAAAAAAAAACUUAAAAAACACCCAAAUAUCGGCUUGAUCUGUUCAUCCAGCGGGGAGAUGGCGGCCCGGUGCAGCUGAGAGCCGGGAGGGAUGGUCUCUCUGACUCGAUGUCUCCAGGGUGCCACUCAAAUAUCGUGAGAAAAAGAAAGAGCGAAACAGCCCUCCGAUAAAUCAAGUGCGAGUCACAAACCAGGCUGACCGCUGUGGAGAGAACGACAGAGCGAAGAGAACAAGAGGAACGGCCCGCAGUACAGGUGGAACGAGAGGGAGCGAGAGAGGGAAUACAAGGGGAACACACGAGAAACUGAGAGAAGAGAAGGAAACUAAAACAGAACGGAGAAGAAAGGAAAUCUUCAGAAAGGACCAACAUUAGCCAUAGAUACUAACUGAAGAAGAAAGUAUUUUAAUAUAUUUAUUUACACAGAGAGAGACACACACACACACAGAUAGACAGACACACACAGAGACACAGAGACGCUCAGACAGACAGUCACCCCCUCUCUCUCACUCCUCUGUGUGUGUGUAACCCCCCUCGCUCCCCCCCACUCCUCGUUGCCAUGUCGACCUCCUCGCUGCGACGGCAGGUCAAGAACAUCGUCCACAACUACUCUGAGGCAGAGAUCAAGGUCCGUGAAGCCACCUCGAAUGACCCAUGGGGUCCGUCCAGCUCUCUCAUGUCCGAGAUCGCUGACCUCACCUACAACGUGGUGGCCUUCUCCGAGAUCAUGAGCAUGGUGUGGAAGAGACUGAACGACCAUGGCAAAAACUGGAGACACGUGUACAAGGCGAUGACUCUGAUGGAGUACCUCAUUAAGACCGGGUCGGAGCGCGUGGCUCAACAGUGCAGGGAGAAUAUCUACGCGGUGCAGACGCUGAAGGACUUCCAGUACAUCGACCGGGACGGGAAGGACCAGGGUGUGAACGUGCGCGAGAAAGCAAAGCAACUCGUAACGUUGCUGAAGGACGAGGAGAGGCUGAAAGAGGAGAGAGUGCACGCCCUGAAAACCAAGGAGAAGAUGGCAUCCUCUGCGCCGACGCUGUCCGGAGUCAGCGCGAGUGCCCCGUUGGCAGGGGGCGUGUCUGGAGGAGGGGGCGUGGCCGGGGGCGUGCCCGGAGACCCAGAGCAGGCGUGGCCUCAGAGCAGCGGAGAGGAAGAUCUGCAGCUUCAACUAGCACUGGCCAUGAGCAAAGAGGAGGCAGAACAGUUGUCGGCUCCGCCCCCUCGGACGGACGAUGAGCUGCAGUUGCGAGUGGCUCUCAGUUUGAGUCGCGAGGAGCAUGACAAGGAGGAGCGUUUGAGACGAGGUGAUGAUCUUCGUCUGCAGAUGGCCUUGGAGGAGAGCAAGAGAGAGAAAGCCAAGCCUGAGGAGUCCUCUCUGAUGGACCUGGCCAAUGUUUUCCCCGCCUCUGCAACCUCUGUGAGCCCAGCUGACCCCUGGGGGGGCGGAGCCACUCAGAGCCAGGCCAGCACGGACCCCUGGGGCUCCGGAGGGGUCGCGAUCUCUGCUGCUGACCCUUGGGGGUCGGGGGGUCAGCCGGUCCCAGCCAGCCACGCCCCCGCGACCUCCACUGACCCUUGGGGCGAGAGCGGGGGGGCUGUCAGCAAGGGGGACCCCUGGAGCUCCACAGCCGUGACCCCUCCUCCUCCCAGCUUGGACCCCUGGGGUACCCCCGCGAGCCCCCCCCAGAGAGACCCCUGGAGCUCAGAGACGCCCCCCAGUUCCGAUCCUUGGGGGGGUAGAGAGGGGCUGCAGCACAGCAACGGGACUGCAGACUCUGACCUGGGUGAGGCUCCGCCCCCUCUCUCCCUUUCUCCGGACUCGUUCGAUUUCUCCUCCAUCGGCUCCUCUCUCCCUCCCUCGGUCCCUGCCCGGAAAACUCCGGAGUCCUUCCUGGGUCCCAACGCCUCGCUGGUGGAUCUUGACUCGCUCGUCUCCCAGAAACCCAAAACCAGUGUGACCAGUGCUCCCAGUGCAGUCUCCGCUCCAGCCUCCAACCCAUUCCUCAACACUGGUGUCUCUACCAGCACCACCCCCCUUCCUUCCUCCCGAGGGGUCUCCCCCAACCCCUUCUCCUCCUCGCCCCCUCCCCCCUCCUCAUCCUCUCUCAACCUGAGCCAGUUAUCCCAGUUCAACCAGCAGCAGCAGCAACAGCUCCGCACCAGUCCCUUGCCUCCCCCCCUCUCCAUGGGAAUGGUUCAGCCUGGGGCCCCCCCUCUCUCCAUGGGAAUGGUUCAGCCCGGGGUUCCCCCUCUCUCUAUGGGAAUGGUUCAGCCUGGGUUCCCCUAUCCCACUGUCUCACCCCUAGGGGGUCCCGGGGGCCCCAUUCUGAUCGGGGCCCCUCAUAUGAUGAUGGGAAUGCCAGUGGGCCUGCCCCCUCCCAGUAUGACCAGUCUGCCCAGUAACAACCAGACCAGCACAGGAGGAGGAGCCAGCAGCACCAACCCAUUCCUGCUGUGAGAGGGAGAGGGACUCAUGUUUAAAAUCAUUCUCCUGCAAUGUAACGUUCGGUCUGUAUUGAUGUGAGUGGGACAGGGAGAGGGACUCAUGUUUAAAAUCAUUCUCCUGCAAUGUAACGUUCGGUCUGUAUUGAGGGUUCUGAACCCAGGUUAUUGUCUUUACACUCGAUUGCACUGAAUUCAGAAACACAAGAAAUUCAGCGACUAGCGUUUCCACUGCAAGUCUUUCUCAGCGUCGUCAGUGGAAACGUUAGUCAUUGAAUUCACACUGAAGACACUCAGAAAGCCUUGUAGUGAAAACGUUAGUCAUUGAAUUGAUUAGUUACGUUUGUUUCAGUGUUGUAUAAAUUCAGUUCGAUCGAGUGUUUAAUAGUUCUAGAUGGAAUAAGAGUCUGGAUGAUUCAAUAUAGUGUGCAGUGUGCUGAAUGAAAUGCAACACAGGAGAUAACGGGGUGUGUGUGUCUGUCCCUCCGUGUGUGUGUGUGUGUGUGUGUGUGUCUGUCUGUCUGUCUGUCUGUCUCCCUCCCUGUGUGUGUGUGUCUGUGUGUCUCCCUCCCUGUGUGUGUGUGUGUGUGUGUGUCUGUCUGUCUGUCUCCCUCCCUGUGUGUCUGUGUGUGUGUCUGUCUGUCUCCCUCCCUGUGUGUGUGUGUGUCUGUCUCCCUCCCUGUGUGUGUGUGUGUGUGUCUGUCUGUGUGUGUGUGUCUGUCUGUCUCCCUCCCUGUGUGUGUGUGUCUGUGUGUGUGUCUGUCUGUCUCCCUCCCUGUGUGUGUGUGUGUCUGUCUCCCUCCCUGUGUGUGUGUCUGUUUGCCUGUGUAUCAGUGUGUGCGCAUCUCCCUCCCUGUGUGUGUGUGUGUGUCUGUCUGUCAGUGUGUCUGUCUGCCUGUGUGUGUGUCUGUUUGCCUGUGUGUCUGUUUGCCUGUGUGUGUGUCUGUUUGCCUGUGUGUCUGUUUGCCUGUGUGUGUGUCUGUUUGCCUGUGUGUCUGUUUGCCUGUGUGUGUGUCUGUUUGCCUGUGUGUCUGUUUGCCUGUCAACAGACUGUUUGAGAAACACCUCCACACUGUACAUAACAAAUCAGAGCAUUACUCCCCCCCCCCUCUCUCUCUCUCUCUCUCUCUCUCUCUGUCUCUCUCUCUCUCUCUCUCUCUCUCUCUCUCUCUCUCUCUCUCUCUCUCUCUCUCUCUCUCUCUCUCUCUCUCUCUCUCUCUCUCUCUCUCUCUCUCUCUCUCUCUCUCUCUCUCUCUCUCUCUCUCUCUCUCUCUCUCUCUCUCUCUCUCUCUGGUUUCAGUAAGCUCUGAGUUGCCUCCUCAUCUCCCUGCCUGCUGUGCUGCCAAACUCUCUAAUACAACCUUUUCAAAACGCAUUCGGUCUCCCCAUCGCAUUUAACUCAAUUCCAGUUGUGAGCAGACGCCUCUACAGCCUGUCAGACAGGUGUGCUUUUAAAGUGUACGAGGGCGAUUUUAAAAUGAUCAUUCAAACCACAACGAGCACGCGAGAAACGUGUUCACUGAAGUGUUACCCCACAUUCUCAACUCUCCUGUCAUCCCAAUGUUGGUCCAUCUGGGAAUUGCUCCCAGAAGAAGUGUGUCUAUUUUUAUUUGUAUUCUGGGGGGGGGGGGGGGGGGGGUCUUGAUUACCCACAACCCCCUGCUCUCCCUGUAUGUCUUUCUGUGUGUCGGUGAUCGUUGCUGUUUUCUGAAUCUUUGUGCAAAAAAAAAUGAAUUUAAAAUAAGAGGAAUAUAUAGCUGAGAAAAUAAACUGUAAAUAUGAGCUCAAUUAAACAAAUAAUAUUGAUACUAGAAAGGGGAGAGGAGAACGGGGUUUGCCAAAACUGAUCAAAUUAAAACAAGAAAAGAAAAAAAAAAUCACACUGUUUCUUUUAACUUCGUUUAAAAUACUGUUUGGGUGAAAACAAGAAAAUUAAUGAGAGAGUGGCGCCAUCUGCUGGACAUCUCCACGCAUUGCACAUAAAUUAUUGCUUUUAUUUUUUUUAUUAUUUUGAAUGGUUUCUUGUUGCUGUAGUUGUUUUUUUUUUUUUUUUGGCAAACUGUUUUCUCCAGGAUGGAAGUGUUGGGUUAUUAAGAGACACUAUGAAAUGUUUUUAAACGUCUAAAAUGAAAACAAACAAAAAGGAUUAUUAAAUCAAUAAAAAUAAUAAUAAUAAUCAAA